UGUCGAGUGUGUUGUGUCUCCAGUCCAGCAGGAGUCGCUCUGCAGCUCUUCAGUCCGCCGAUAAACCCACUAAAGAAAGAAAGAAAGUCAAACAUCAAGCGCUGCGUGUUCACAUCACUCUGAUUUUCACAGUGUUGUUUGUGUGUAUUUUGGUGUUUAGUUGAUAGUCAUGACGUCACAGGCUGAUGGGAUGUGCUCCAGACACACACAGGACUCGGAGCUCAGCCUCACUUUACUCUGUUAUACUGACACAAACCCCACAGACGCUCAGGACACUGUGUGUGACAGUAAUCACACCUUGAAUCAGGAUGAAUCUACUGAUCAAACCUCCACAGAGUCUCUGGAUUCUGUCUGUAACGCUGGAGAACAGCAGAUCCUGAACACCAGACCACUCAACAUGUGUUCUGUCACACUGAUGGACUGCAGGAAACUGAUGGAGAUGGAAACACAAACCACAGUGAAGGAAGAACAGACUGAUGAAGAUGAUGAUUUGUUUUCUUCAUUGAAACUGAUGAACAGCGAGCACCUGGAGAUAAAAACAGAAGGAACAUCUGAUGAAGAGCAGACUGAUGGUGAUGAGAGCGGUGAUUCAUGUUGUGAUGGAGAAACGGCCUCUACAUCAAAACAGCGACUGACAGCACAAACUCUUUCCUGCAUCACCUGUGGAAAGACAUUCAGUUCACAGAGACGUUUAGAGACACAUGAGAGAAAACACACAGAACAGAAACUCUUCACCUGCACCAGAUGUGACAUCAGCUUUCCUACCUUACAAGAGAAGAAACUUCAUUCACAAGAGCACAGACACCAGAAACACUUUCACUGUGAAAUGUUUGGGAAGAAUUUUAUUACAACUUCAUCUAAUAUGAAAGUUCACAUGAGGUCACACACUGGAGAAAAACCUUUCCACUGCAGUCAAUGUGACAAAUAUUUCAGCACUAAAGGAACUCUUGUUGCUCAUCAUCAGAGAAUUCACACGGGAGAAAAACCAUACGAGUGUCCUCACUGUGACAAGAGAUUCAGCCACGAACCUCAUCUGAAGAAACACAUGCGUGUCCACACCAGUGAGAGACCGUAUAAGUGCAGUGAAUGUGGAAAAGGCUUUAAGGAUUCAAGUUGUCUAAAGUCACACCAGAGAACUCACUCUGAGGAGAAACCCUAUCAGUGUUCACACUGUGAUAAACGCUUCCGUGAAAAAGCUCAGCUGGUACGUCAUGAAAGAGUUCACACUGGAGAGAAACCUUACGUCUGCUCUCAGUGUGGAAAGAGAUUUGCUCAUCAUAGUACUUUUAAAGCUCAUCAGAGAAUUCACACUGGAGAGAAACCUUAUCACUGUAAUGUCUGUGGGAGAAGUUUUAGUCGCCAGUACGUUUUAAUAAAACACCAGAGAACUCACACAGGUGAAAGACUCUAUAAAUGUUCUCAGUGUGACAAGACGUUUGCUCGAUCAGAUGGCUUGAGGACCCAUGAGAGAGUUCACACUGGAGAGAAACCUUAUCACUGCUCCAUCUGUGGAGAGAGAUUCACUUAUGUAGGAAGUUUAAACACUCAUCAGAAGAAACAUGCUGAAGGACAAACUGCACUGGAAUCAUUGAACAACAUCCAUACUCGAGGCAAGAGAAGAUUCACAGAUUUCGUCGAUUUUAUUAUCGUCAAUCUGUUUCUCUCUCCAGUUUUAAACAGAGUGUUGUGUGUGUGUGUUUGUGUUGAGAUGUUGAGGAUGACGUCACAGAUGUGCUGUAAAUCAGUGGGAACUGAUCUGUCCAUGCUGGAUAUUGAUGAUUUCAUCACAGAAAUCUGUCAGCUGAAGAAAGAGGUGGCGUUACUGGAGGAAAAGCUGAGGACAAGAGGAGAUGAACUCAACACUGAGAUUGUGGUAAAGGUCGAGUCAAACCCCACAGACGCUCAGGACACUGUGUGUGACAGUAAUCACACCUUGAAUCAGGAUGAAUCUACUGAUCAAACCUCCACAGAGUCUCUGGAUUCUGUCUGUAACGCUGGAGAACAGCAGAUCCUGAACACCAGACCACUCAACAUGUGUUCUGUCACACUGGUGGACUGCAGGAAACUCAUGGAGAUGAGAACAGAACCCACGUCAGAGGAAGAAGAGACUGAUGAAGAUGAGAAUCAUGAUGAUGAUGAUUUCAUUCCUUCAGAUGAGAGCGGUGAUUCAUGUUGUGAUGGAGAAACGGCCUCUACAUCAAAACAGCGACUGACAGCACAAACUCUUUCCUGCAUCACCUGUGGAAAGACAUUCAGUUCACAGAGACGUUUAGAGACACAUGAGAGAAAACACACAGAACAGAAACUCUUCACCUGCACCAGAUGUGACAUCAGCUUUCCUACCUUACAAGAGAAGAAACUUCAUUCACAAGAGCACAGAGACAAGAAACUCUUUCACUGUCAGCAGUGUGAGAAGAGUUUUUUCUCGUCUUCUAGUCUGAAAAUUCACAUGAAGACACACACUGGAGAAAAACCUUUCCACUGCAGUCAAUGUGACAAAUAUUUCAGAACCAAAGGAACUCUUGUUGCUCAUCAGAGAAUUCACACGGGAGAAAAACCGUACGCGUGUCCUCACUGUGAUUGGAGAUUCAGCCAAAAACCUCAUCUGAAGAAACACAUGCAUUCACACACCAAUGAGAAACCGUAUCAGUGCAGUGAAUGUGGAAAAACCUUUAGACAGUCAUAUGGUCUGAAGGUACACCAGAGAACUCACUCUGAGGAGAAACUCUAUCAGUGUUCACACUGUGAUAAACGCUUCGGUCAGAAAGCUAAUCUGAUAACUCAUGAGAGAGUUCACACUGGAGAGAAACCUUACCUCUGCUCUCACUGUGGGAAGAGCUUCACUGAUUCAUCUCAUUUCAGAGUUCAUCUGAAAAUUCACACUGGAGAAAAACCUCAUCAGUGCAGUGUUUGUGGGAAGAGUUUCACUCAACAUGCUAACUUACUAAAGCACCAGACAAUUCAUUCUGGUGAAAGACUUUUCAAAUGUUCUCAGUGUGACAAGACGUUUGCUCGAUCAGAUGUCCUGAGAACCCAUGAGAGAGUUCACACUGGAGAGAAACCUUAUCACUGCUCCAUCUGUGGCGAGAGAUUCACUUAUUUAGGAAGUUUAAACACUCAUCAGAAGAAACAUGCUGAAGGACAAACUGCACUGGAAUCAUCAUCAUAGGUUUAUGUGGCUCAAUACUUUCAAGCUCCCUUUACUAGUUUUAGGCUUUUAAGUUGAUUCACAUUUUAUUAAAGAGAUCUAUUUGCUUUAAUGGCAUUAAGCUCUGUGAUGGGCUGUCCAUCUGACCUGAGAUUGCUGUGAUGGGCUCCAGCAGCAAUAACUGAGGAUUGAUGGAUUAUUUCCAUUGAAUGUAGUUGUGUUUCUGCUUUAUGGGGUUAAAGAAAAAGUUCCCUUCAAAAAUUAAAUGAGUGUUUAUUUUACACUACGUCCCAUGUGUAUAUGAAGCAGACCACAGUCGGUCAUAAAGUAAUGUCACGGUGAAGAUUAACUGGAGACGUCUUCAGGACAUGCUGUGUUUACUGGGAUAUGAAUAACAUGUAAAUAUUUGUGUGACUUUGAAGUUUUUUUUAUAAUCAGUGUGCAAAUUAAAAACAUUAUUGUUUUUCUCCAUUUUUAAACUA